GGCACAGCAGACACGGCUCAACACGACAAGAAACUGAAACACAGUCUGACUUGCAAAGCAAGCCUAACCAGGAGCUCUCUCCAGCUUAUUUCCUGUUCUUGGAGGCCAUCUUGUGUUGACGGACUUACUGCUAUAGGUGUUUGUUUGCUUAUCUCAUUUGUUAUAGUUUCUUUUUUGUCUCCAGUGUGUUUCCUUGAAGUUUGGACGUUUUCCUCUUCAAAGCUGCUUUGGAGUAGUGAGGGAACAGGAAGCAGCAAGAGGAGGAGGAGGAGGAGAGGACGUUUAGUUUCAAAGCUAAACUUUAUCUGUAUUUCUCACUUGCACCUUCUCUGGAAUGAAAGCUGUAUAGAGGAGCUUUCCGUGAAAGGAAGGGCGAGAAGAAAGAAGAGCCACUUCCUGGAAAGGGAUCAGUUGUUUUUAAGCUCUAGUAGACAGGGGACACACAGCAAGGACGGCCACUAUUGAUGAGUGAGUGACUGCUGGUGUGUGUAGGUGAGUUUGCUGCCUCACACUACCCAGUCUUAUCUCUUGACUGUCUUAAGACUCUUCGGCAUGGCCAACGUCAGUCCCUUCAUGUCUCCGGGACCCAUGUCCCAAGUCUUCUUCCCCCCGGGGGGUCCAUCUCCACCUGGGUCAGUGGUGAUGCAGCAGGGGACACCGGUUUCUGUCCAUAACUCUCAAACCCCAGGGAUUCCUACAGUGGACAUGGGGGUUGCACCGGGUCCCGGCGGGGCAUCUGGAAUAACGUCUGGGCCUCCGGCACCAGCCGGUGUCUCCUUCAUGAUACAGAUUGGGCUUACUAGAGAAUCUGUGCUUCUACCCCAGACUGCAGACCUGGCCUACAUCAAACAAAUUUCUUGCUCAAUUGUGGAUCAGAAGUUUCCUGAAUGUGGCUUUUAUGGGAUCUAUGACAAGAUCCUCCUCUUCAAGCAUGACACCAGCAGCAGUAACAUCCUGCAGCUGGUCAAGGCUGUGUCGGACAUCCAGGAGGGGGACCUGGUGGAAGUUGUUUUGUCCGCUGCUGCUACAUCCGAGGACUUCCAGAUUCGUCCUCACGCUUUGAACGUGCACUCGUAUCGUGCACCGGCGUUCUGCGAUCACUGCGGCGAGAUGCUUUUCGGCCUGGUGCGUCAAGGACUCAAAUGCGAUGGUUGUGGACUGAAUUACCACAAACGCUGUGCUUUCAGCAUUCCCAAUAACUGCAGCGGGGCGAGGAAGCGGCGGCUGUCCACCACGUCCCUCACCAGCAGUCAGUCUCUGCGUCUGUCCACCGCAGAGUCCCUCAGUAGUCUCAACAGCAGCGUGACGUCUGAAGAAGCCAGUCUCAUCCGAUCGCACACCCAGAUGCCCCGCACCCCCAGUGAGGCCAGGCGCUUUUACACCGGGCGGCCCGUCCACCUGGACAAGAUCCUCAUGACUAAAGUGAAGGUCCCGCACACAUUCGCCGUUCACUCGUACACGCGUCCCACCGUGUGUCAGUACUGCAAGAGACUGUUGAGAGGACUCUUCCGCCAGGGACUCCAGUGCAAAGACUGCAAGUUCAACUGCCACAAGCGAUGUGCAUACAAGGUCCCAAAUGACUGCUUAGGGGAGACUCUCGACAUAUUAAGUCCAAGCACAGACAUGGAGGUGCCGAUGGACUACAGUAAUGAGUAUUCUGACACUGAUAAGUCAUCUCUGAUGGACGACUCAGAUGAGGCCUGCAGUAUCCCCGGGUCUUUCUCCCCAGACAGCAACCAGCAUGGAGCCAGCGGAGACCAGAGUGCUAAUAUUCCUCUGAUGAGAGUAGUGCAGUCGAUCAGGCAGACCACACGUCGCUCUAGCACAGCCAUCAAGGAAGGCUGGAUGGUGCACUACAGCAACAAGGACACACUGAGGAAGAAACACUACUGGCGCCUGGACUGCAAAUGCAUCAUCCUAUUUCAAAAUGACACCACCAACAAAUACUACAAGGUAGAAUCUCACUUUCUUUUGAGAGAGUUGAUGUUGUUUCCAAAUAAAAGGAAAUAUAUCGGAAAACACAGGAAAACUGGCCGGGAUGUAGCCGUGAAGGUGAUCGACAAGCUUCGGUUCCCCACCAAGCAGGAGAGCCAGCUGAGGAAUGAAGUAGCCAUAUUGCAGAGCCUGCGACACUUGGGUAUAGUGAAUCUCGAAUGCAUGUUUGAGACACCGGAGAAGGUGUUUGUGGUGAUGGAGAAACUUCAUGGUGACAUGCUCGAGAUGAUCCUGUCGAGUGAGAAAGGACGACUUCCUGAGAGACUCACCAAGUUCCUCAUCACGCAGAUUUUGGCUGCUCUGAGGAACCUUCACUUCAAAAACAUAGUGCACUGUGACCUCAAGCCUGAGAAUGUGCUGUUAGCAUCAGCGGAUCCUUUCCCACAGGUGAAACUUUGUGACUUUGGUUUUGCUCGCAUCAUCGGAGAGAAGUCUUUCCGCCGUUCGGUC